AUGGUCCUGAACUGUAAUGAAGGAUUCAACUCCUUCAUGUCCAUUCAUUUCAUCUCUAUUACUUUGAUAUACUUUCCACUGAUCAAACCCUUUUCGGAAACUGCAGUAUACGAUGUUCUAUCGUGCUUCCAACCUCAGAAAGACUAUGCAUUGUUAUCUACUGCUCCAUUGGAAGCUAUGCCCAACCAUGUUAAAAGACACCCAUUACAAGUUGGAUAUCUAACACAUUCUUCCUACUACCUCCCAACUCGAUACUAUGAAUGUCUGGUUCUAAUUGUAAAGCGACUCUCUCUGGGACAGGGCAGACAGGCCAGCUUGCCCCUUGAUCCUCUUGAUCUGCUUCAAAUCCCCUGUGACCAAUUCCCCCCUGAGGAAAAGAGGUUCUCAAGCAGGUGGAUCCUCAACGAUCCUGCAGGUUGA